AUGGAUCGGGCCUAUGCGCAGCAAAUUAGGACGACAGCAUCAGUCCAAGAUAGCCACGCUCCUCGUCCCGAUGGUCCCGGUAGCCGCAGAGGUCCAUCUGGCCCCGGCCCAAAUCCCCCGACAAAAUCUGUGCAUGGCGUACCUCCUCCUCCUUCUGAGCAGCGGCCAUGGCAGGGAUCGCCGCGUCAGACACAACCAUUUAAGACAUCUCAGUCUCGGAUAUGGCAGCAGCCGCGCACGUCGGGCCAGUCUGCAGGCCAAGGAGCGUCACAAUCCCAUUACGGCAGCAGCAGCAGCAUUAGUGGCAGGAGUUCUGAUCUGGGUCAGCUGGAUAUCCGAGCUGGCCGCUUGGAAGGCAGUGCGGCUGCGGCUAAGAUACGCAGCGGCUUGGUUGGGGACACAGACGGGAGCGCAGCUGCCGUGGGGGCCGGGGAUGAUCAUGCAGGUGGCGCGGUUGUGGCCGGCGAUGAUCGAAGCAGCAGCACCAGCAGUGAUGGUAGCAGGAUUAAGGCGGCUCGCAGUUCGGCUGGGGUUCCUGACGCCACCGCCGGUACGGCAGCAGCUGCGGGCGCACCGCCGCCGCCGCCGUCGCCGUCGUCGAUUCCAUUGCCAAAGCAGCCAUUGCUAUCACCGCUUACGUCAGCUGCAGCGUCGCCGCUAAUCAGGCCGCCGCAGCCGCCGCAGCAGCGGCAGCGGCGGUCGCGUCGGCCCAUCCGCAGCCGCCGCAUGGUGCCGUACCCCAACGGCGCUGCUUCUCUGGCUGUCGGGGCUGUCGCGAGCGAGGACCUUGGCGAGUACGACAACGGAGAAAAUGACGUUGAGGAGGGCCUUAUGGAUUUGCUGUGGUCACCUGAUAGGCGACGUAUUGCGGCUGAGAUCUUUCGGGUGGAGGAGGAAGCGGCGGCGGCAUGCGGCGGAGUUGGUGGCGGCGGCGGCGGCGGCGGCGGCGGCGCAGUUCGAGUAAUGGAGGGAGAAGCGUCGGUGGCGGUGGCGGCGGAGCUGUCGGCGGCAGCGUCAGCUGGUGUGGUGGACGACGCAGUUGUGGCGGCGGCUCCUGCGCCAUCCGAUGCAGCGGAGACAGCCCGCCGGGGCGGCGGCGGAAGCGGCAGCAGCGGCGGCGGCGGCGGCGGCGGGUCCUUCAGAAAUAAGGCCCAACUUCUGGCGCCGCUCUUCCAGCGGCGGCGCGCAAGAAAUCCCGUCACACUCGCGCGGCUCGAGGGCAUGAGUGUGUCGUACACCAACGCCGCGGCACUGGCAGGGGCGCCGGCGCGGGGAGGGCCGUCGGCGGCCGGAGGCCGCAGCGACAGUAAUGGCGGCGGCGGAGGCUUGCAGUACCGGUACGGAAUCGGCGCAAGGGGCCAGAUAAUAGACCUGGUACGGCAGGCACGUGUGCUGGCGUCGAACGAGGUUCCGGAGCGAGUACGGCGGCGCAUCUUGGCCGCGGCGGGGGAUGCCGACGGCGCCGCGGCAGUAGGCCGACGUGCCGUCGCCGUCAAGGGUACCUCUUUCCAAACCAAAGCUCACGCCGCCGCCGCCGACGACGACGACGACGACGACGACGACGCAGAAGUUCGUCUUCUCAACAGCGGCGGUAUUCCCGCUGGCAGCCUCGACAGUGAUGACGAUUACAGUGACGGCGGCAGCGAAUGGGAUUUGGAUGGUGAAACCGCAGCGGCAGCGGCUUUGGAGGAUGAUGGCCGCGCCGCCGGCCGGCGAGAUCAGGAUCUAGAUCUAGAUCUGGACGAUGCUGAUCUGCGGCAAGCUGAGGCGGAGGCGGCGCGGCAGCUCGCCCGGCUGGUGGGGAUCUCCCCUUCCAGUCUGGCCGCACGUGCGGCAGCGCUGAGCGGGGGUAGUUCGUUAGGGGGGCCGACGGCGAGGGACCGGGAAACGCGUGGGGCUGCUGGGGGCCCCCCGGGGCGAGGGCGAGGGCGGGGGGCCCAGGAAGAGGAGGAGUCGGCGGAGGCGAUGUUUCUUAGAGCCAUGGAAGAGUACGGCGAUGACGACGAUGACGACGGCGUGGACAGUGACGACGAUGAGUACGACAUCGGCGAUGAAGAUGACGACGUGGGUUUGCUUGGGGAUUAUUUUGGCGGGGAGGAGGGGGAGGAGGGGGUUGGUGGGGGCCGGGGGGUAGUGGCCACCGAGGGUGAACCGGCGGGGCGCGUGGGGAUGGAGGGGCUCGCGGGAGGGCGUGGGGGGUUUUCGCUGGGUAGCAAGCCACGCGACGAUGGGGGUGAUGGUCUUGGUGACGAGGAUGUCGAGUACGACGAGGACGUCGAGUACGACAGCGAUGUGGAAGCCCGCCUGGAUGACCUGUUGUCGUUUGGAGAGGAGCGGUAUAAGGCCCAGAAGGAGGCGGCGGAGGCGGCGGCUGUCACGGCGCCGUUGGGGAGCAGUCGUGGUGGAGCCGGUGCUGGAAGUGGCGGUGGAGGUGGAGGUGGAAGUGGCGGUAGGAGCAGCAGCAGGGCUCCUGGCGCAUUUGCAGGACGAGCAGCCGGCGACGCGGCCGCGGCGAGGGGCGCGGCGGCGGCGGUUUCCUCCUCUCGCCGUUCCGCCGGCGACGGCAGCGGCAACGUGGGAAGGUCAGGUGCAGCCGGCAGGAGUACGGCCGUGGCAAGUGGCGAGACGGCCGCGGCGCCGUCGCCGCUGACGCCGCCCGAUUUCGCUGCUUCCUCACACCCGUCGCAGCUCGGGAGCAGUCGGACAGAUCGCCAACAGCAACAGAAACGGCAGCAGAAGGCCCUGUCGCAUAUCAAAGGCGGUUAUUUGGCUCCAGUACCCGACGGUUGGCAGUUGUACGGUGGCGGCUCGUCGCCAGCGCAAGCGGAGUUUAGGACAGUUGAGUCAGCAGCAGCAGCAGCAGCAGCAGCGGCUGCGGCGGCCGCCGCCGGCACUGUCCCAGCGGCUGCUGCUGCUCCACGGCGCUUGGUCCUACGUGCGUUUCUGUACUGCAUCGGCCAGGACGAGGUGUACGACGCGCUCUGGCGUACGGAUCUGAUGGAUCGACUGGAGUUCGUCACUCGGAUGCGCGAUGCGGAUGUCGUACUGCAUCGGUCACCGUCCCCCGGCGAGCGGCAGUUUGCGCUGGAGGAGCUGCGCACGGGCGCGAAGCGAGCGCGCAUCCCGUUUGUAUCUGUACGGCAGUCUUCGGAGCAGGAGCUGAAACCCGCACUGGAGCGCGUCUUCAGGCGAUUUGACGAGAUGUACGACAAGGUGCUUUCCUCCGGGUCGAGCACGUCGACGGGCGGCCGCUGA